UUCUUCCAGCCAUUCAGAAAAAUCCCCCAGUGCUGUGUCUGCAACUGCUCUGGUCAUUUUAUCCAUUGACUUCUGCCACGUCGAAGAUGAGGCUGGCUUCUCCUGGGCGCUGCUGGCUGAGGGACCCAUCUGGACGUCUGCCACUCUCCACGAACUACGUCGACAGUGUGUGCCUCCCCUGUUGGAUGAGGAGCUCCAGGAGGGCAGAGGCAGUGCCCAGUUUUCUGCGGCACCUGGCGGGAGUCAGCAGGACUGUGUCUCCUGAACGUUUCCUUCAUCGCCUCCUUCACUUGAUCCACCAGGCCUGAAAUUGUUCCCUGCCCCAGUGGGAGAGCUGCCCAAUCCCUCUCCAGGCUCUGUGCCCCAUUUCCUCCUCUUUGGGUAGCUGGGUGGGAAUGGGGUGAAGGGGUCACUUGGGAACUCUACAGCGUGGUGCCCCUAAACCUUCUCGCCCACCAGGACAUGCCUUCUUAUCUAUCUUCCCUGUUGCCUGGACACUGAGUCCACAGAGAGACUGAACCAAUCUGGACGGACAUUUUACUUCCCCAAGGACUGGGGCCAAAGGCAGGAGCAACGCAGGGUUUUGCAGGAGCUGUGUCUUGUAGGGGAAUCCAGGUCAUCCAGCCCUGUGGAGACCUUGAUCCAGUGUCUCCCCACCCCCGCCCCUGGAGCUCUGGAGUAGAGGCCCUGCCAGCCCCUCAAGCACUGGGUCUGUUCAGUGAGCUUGUGUGUGAUCUAGGGCGGAAGGGGGGAACGACGAAACAAGCCCCUGGUUCAUCAAACGGGCACACAUUAAGCGUCUACUGUGUCACCCACUCUGGGGAAUGCAACCUCGGUGCCUGCACCCAAAAUGCAACCUAGGGAAAUGAAUUCAUCGCCUUCCCCAGCGGCUUUCACCAAAAAGGUUAGUCUUCCAAUGAAAAUGGCAAGUGAGCUGUUAAGCGUCCUGCCAACCAAGACAUAGGCCUAUCGAGAACUUUCUCUGCUGAGGCAAGGAACGUGUACCUAAAGGAAAACACUCGCGGAGCACGCCUCACUUCCCAGCCACACCGAAGAUGGCCACUGGCACAGGCCCGUUCCUGAGCACUGCGCAGGCGCACUUCCUCAUGCCACUCCCAACAUGGCUCCUGCAGUGCGCGUUGGGGCGGGGCCAAGAGCGGAAGUGGGUGUGACGGGGACGGGAGCCCACUGGGCCCGCCGACGAAAAAUACUGAGGAGUGGGAGCUAUAGCGUUCGGAGCGAUGAUACCGCCACAGGAGGCAUCCGCCCGGCGGCGGGAAAUCGAGGACAAGCUGAAGCAGGAGGAGGAGACGCUGUCCUUCAUCCGAGACAGCCUGGAGAAGAGCGACCAACUCACCAAGAACAUGGUGUCUAUCCUGUCGUCCUUUGAGAGCCGCCUAAUGAAGCUGGAGAACUCCAUCAUCCCUGUGCACAAGCAGACAGAGAAUCUGCAGCGGCUGCAGGAGAAUGUUGAAAAGACGUUAUCCUGCCUGGACCAUGUCAUCAGCUACUACCAUGUGGCCAGUGACACUGAGAAGAUCAUCAGGGAAGGCCCCACAGGCAGGCUGGAAGAGUACCUGGGAAGCAUGGCCAAGAUUCAGAAGGCUGUGGAGUAUUUCCAGGACAAUAGCCCAGACAGCCCAGAACUCAACAAAGUGAAGCUGCUGUUUGAGCGGGGGAAGGAGUCGCUGGAGUCUGAGUUCCGAAGCUUGAUGACCCGACACAGUAAGGUUGUGUCCCCUGUGCUCAUCCUGGAUCUGAUCAGUGGCGAUGACGAGCUGGAGGUCCAGGAGGACGUGGCCUUGGAGCACCUGCCCGAGAGCGUGCUCCAGGACGUGAUCCGCAUCUCGCGCUGGCUGGUGGAAUACGGCCGCAACCAAGAUUUCAUGAACGUCUACUACCAGAUUCGCUCCAGCCAGCUGGACCGCUCCAUCAAGGGCCUGAAGGAGCAUUUCCGGAAGAGCAGUUCUUCCUCUGGAGUUCCCUACUCCCCUGCAAUCCCCAACAAGAGGAAAGACACACCCACCAAGAAGCCACCCAGGCGGCCAGUCUCUGCUCCAGGUAAACAGUGUCUCUGUGUGUCAGCCACAGCUUGGCAAGCCCGGCUGUCUGUGGCUGUGAAGAGAUGCUGCCCUAAGCUCAAGGAGAAGUUGGGACAUUCUGGGGUAGGGGCCAAGGUAGCAAUGGGAAGGGAAGCCAGGGGCUGCCCCCUCCUAGCUGGCCCCCUGCCCAGCUGUUGGGCCCUCCUCUUGUGAUAGCAGGCUUUGAGUAGAGCUUUCACCCUCCAUGUCUCUAGUCCCCACCUGCCCUGCCCCUCAGGGAACAAGGUGUCUGUUCACACAAAGGCUCCUCCUCAGGUCUUUGUUUAGGGUUUGCAGAAAUGGCAGGGUGGGGGCUACCCUCGCAGCACACUGAGAGGAGCCUUAGGGAGGGGGCACCUGUUGGCCCCAGCAGGAAGGGCACUGCCUGCUCCCUCCAGCAGUGUGGAUGUCCUGGCUGCCUCCACCCCCCGGAAAGCCUGCUGCAAACAGCGACUCUACUAACCCAGCCUGCUGGGCUGCAGCUGCCAGCACAGUGGCUGGUCAUCCCUGUGCCUUCGGUGUGCUGGGAGCGGCUGUCUCUGGGAGGCUGCCAGGGUCUCGGCCGGUCUGUGCUUGCUUCCUCUCUUGCCUCGUUCUCUGACAGGCCCGCUGGAGGUCCCAGGACCCUGUUUGCACUGCCCCAAGAGUACUCGCUGGCCACACAGGGACCUGGCUUUUCUGGGAGGAGGGAUCUGAUCCCAGGGGGCUCACAGCAGACCUAAACCACCCUUGGUUCAGAGCACAAGACGGAAACUCUCCUACUGUGAGGGCCCCGUGGCUUCUGUGAGUUUUCAAGAGCUGUCAGGAGUUGGUGGGCUCAGUCCUAACGUCAGGGCCUGGGGAAUCAGGCUCCUGGGACGGCAGUUCCCAGCUCUGAGGAGAGGUGCAGGGAGGCCUCCUCCACGAGGAGACACCGGCCUUAGCAUCGCUGGAGGUAAUUGGGUGCCUGAUAGGUUUGGCGCCUGCCAGCUCAGCAUCCCCCGUCCACACCCAUGCCAGUGUGCUGGUUAGGUCCCUGUUGGGCCAGCGGCCCUGGCUGCUCCUGGCUGGUGUGGGACAGGAAUGUGAUGUGCUCAUUAGCAAGGCUGCUCACCGAAUGGGGAGAACACGAAGGGGGCAGAUGUGAGCUGGCCCGCCAGACUUGAUUAUUAGGAGCUAAUUGGUGUGGAACAGACAGAGAUGAGCCUCCCAGACCCUGCCCCCUUCCUCCCGCAGCCUUUUGGGAGCUGCCAGGACACAGCAGCCUCGGUUUGUUCAGAUGUAGAGUCGGGGAGAUGGACCAGAGUUAAGCUCAUGGUGCGUGUCCCCUGCUCCCCAUCCAUUCCAACAGCCUUGUUAACAAGGCAGCUGCCCUGUCUUCUUGAAAUGCUGUUUUAGUUCCCCACGUCUUCUGCCCUGAGAUGUCUCAUUCCCACAGAGGUAGCCGUUCCUGGAGGCUGUGGGGGCUGCAGUUUUGUAUUUAUUAUUUUCACUGUGACACUAACUGUUAUUUUUUUUCCCCCAUGCCAAGAGCAUGUACCCUCUCCUUCUGCUCGCCCUCGCCUCUCUGUGUGGUGGCUUCUGUAACUCCUUGUUGGCUUUUGAAUUUUUUCCAGUUGCUUUGGUGGUUUGGGGAACACCUGGGUGCAUGGGGCCAGGCUGCCUCUGGUUGCUGAGCCUCCCAUCUUGGGCACAGCGCUCCUGGGAAACUCAGUCCCAUUUUCCCACCUCCCAGGGUCUGCUUCCUCCUGUCGUUGGCCUAAGCUCCAACACUGAGCACGCUCAGAUAGCUCUGCCUGGAGCUCGGGGCUGGGCAGUGGGCCACUGGCUUCAAGGUGGCCCAGGCUGUACCAGCCUGGUCGUGCCCUCUGGGUGUGAGAGCUUCGUCCCUAGCUUCUCCAUCCUGAGCCCUCAUCUCUGUGAUUAAAGUGCCACUUUGGUAUUUUUCUUUUUGACUCCUGGUGGAUCUUAUUUCCAUCACCCUCUGUACUUUGUAAAAUGAACUCAAAUCCAGACAGUGGGGAUCAGUAGAGAAUCCAGAGUUCCAUCUGGAGCAGGACAUGUCUCCUUUCCUUCAUCUUCAUCCCCAGGGUCUUCCAUGGUCCCGGGCAAGGGCCUGCUCACUGUUGGGGGGCCGGGUGUGGGGCCUGGGGCAGGUGGAGGGCCGCUGCUGUUUUCUCUCACUCAUUUCCUAGGUCUUCUUAUCUCCUCUCUGUGUGGCUCUGG